CUGAGCCCGCCAGGUCACAGGUGUUGCAAACGGAAGCGGGGUUGUAAUCGAGGGAGCAAGACCCAGACAAGCGGCCAGACAGACAAACAGGGAGCCAGCGCUGGGGACACAACCUCUACUGGGACCGCCAUCCCCGGGAGGGGUGAAGAGCAGCGAGGAUUUUUGUGGAUGAAGGAGGAAACCCAGCUGUGGUGAUGAAUAUUUUGUGACCUGCAUCAGCUACCCUGAGGCAGCAGCAACAGCGAUAAUUAGUGGGAUUCCUUCCUCCUCGACAAGGUACGCCAGCAGCUCAGAUUCCACCACUUUAGAUCCCAGUGCCUGACCUGGCCCCUGCCUCUGGAGCUGCUGCGAUCUGUGUUCACACAGUGUCUGAGACACACAAUCUAAGCCGAGUGUCGCUGGACUGGUCCACAUCAGAGAUGGAUGGAUUACAUCAUCUACUGCUCAUCACUGCACUUGGAGCCGCAGCUUCUGGCAGAAGCUUUGCAGAGAAUAACACGACGAUUCCAUCUCCCACAUUGACGACACAAUACAAAACGCCAGUUGCAGCCAUCGUGGUUCCUUGCGUGGUCGGGGGCCUGCUGCUCAUCGCCAUCAUCCUUGCGCUGGGCAUCGUGAAGCUGAAGGGAAAGCGGAGAGAGGAGGGCACGUACAACCCAAGCCAACUGGAGCAGAGCGGAGCACGGGCGCUGCCCCAGCACGGCCUGAAGUUACCUCCCGAGGAGCGGCUCAUCUAGCCAGGCGCACAGAGACCGCUCGGCCCACGGAACUGAUGCUGGAAACAGUCGGAGCUAAAAAAGUCCAACACUGUCACUUGUUUUCUGUAGGGAAUUGUCAUUGAUUGAGUGUGAGAGAGAGAGAGUGAUUUCUGCCCUUGUCAUGAGGGGCGAGAAGUGAAGGAUAUCCAGCUGAUUAUCUGAUGGUAUUCCCCCUUGACCGUGAUAUCUUUCCGAUAGCUGGGGACUACUGGAAUGAUGGGGUUACACUGCCCAGCUAGUCUGGGGGGGAAUGUCAGUGGCCCAACCACAUGAACUGCUGGGUGCCCUGGGAUAACACCCAUAGUGGGAGGAUAAGGACACGAGGCAUUUCUCUGAGAUCUUUAGCUGGGACAGCUAUGCUGAACCGUGACAGGGGCUGUGUUGCAGACAUUCUCUCUUGAAAUUAGAAGCAGACAAUAAGCUAACCUCGUAGACCAAGUACCAGCAACGCAUCAAUCCCACGAUCAAAGCUGCAGCGCGGUGAAUUGAGAGUCGGCACGCGGCAGGCACUGGUAACAAUUGUUAAUCCCACUAAUACAUGCGUCAUCCAUGGCCUUGCCUCCCCAUUACAGGCAAUCUCUCGCUACUCAAGUGGUGUCAAUGAGCCAACAUUGCCUGGUGGAAAGCCAUGGAUUUCAGCCGUGAUCUUUGCAUCAUCAGGAACCUUCAUUGACUCAAUGACUUUGUAAUUUAAAACAAUGUUAGUUUGUAUAUUUUAUUUCUAAAGGAAUCUGUACUGGACACUAAGACCAAGUGCUGGAGUAACUCAACGGGUCAGACAACAGUCUGAA